UCAAAUAAUAAUUAGUGAGGUUAAGUUGUGAGAAAUAUGACGGACAUUGUGAACACAUUGUUGGGGGCGCUGUGUACUUGCAUGCAGAACCCUGCCGUCCAAGAAAAACUUCGUUGCAUUAUUACAAGCACAAGCAAAUUGUUGGAUGAUGUGAAGAAUGAAUUGGAAGAUCUGAAAGCCAUGGAGAAUGGUAUCCUCAACAUUCAAGAAGAGGCCAAUAGGACUGGAAAGCAACUCACACCUCCAGUUCAAAGAUGGCUUGACAAGGCACACCUAGGUGAGAAAUAUAAUAUGAUGAUUCAAUUGAAGGAUGACUACAACAACAGAGGUUGUCUUGUUGGGAGUUGUUCCCUCAAUUGUUGGGCCAAGUACAAGAUUAGCCAAAGAUCAAUCAAGUUACUCAAAGAGAUCAAGAACUUGAAGACCGAAUAUGAUGCUUUCAAAGAAAAAACAGAGGCACAACCUCCAAGAGCAGUUAGGGAGAUCCCAACUUCAUCAAUUGUUGUGGGCAAAAUUAUCAAGUUAAAUCUUGAGAAAGUUCAUGGUUACUUGGCAGAUGACAAUGUAUCUAUGGUGGGGAUUUGGGGCAUGGGAGGGGUUGGAAAGACAACUCUCUUGAACGAAAUCAAUAACUCAUUACUUGGUGGUGAUACUAAUCUAGGGUUCAAAUAUGUCAUACCUCUGGUGGUUUCAAAAGAACCUCAAUUUGAAAAGCUUCAAAAGGAGAUAUCUAUAAGGUUGGGAUUGCAGCCCCCUCAUUCUGAGAAGAAUGAUAUAUUUGAGUUUUUGAAGAAGGAGGACUUUUUGAUACUAUUAGAUGAUAUGUGGAAGGCAGUGGACCUUCCUGAAACCCUUGGUAUUCCACUUCCUCACCAUCAAAGCCAAAGCUGGGAAGAUAGAGGUCAAAGGUGCAAUCACAAGGUGAUCUUCACAACCAGAGAAGAUGAUGUGUGUGCUCGUAUGAAAGCUGACAGGAAGAUCAAAGUUGAAUGUUUGGAUGGAGAAGAAGCAUGGCAUCUUUUCAAGCAACACGCAAAUGAAGAGACCAUCAAUUCCAAUGCUAGUAUUAAAAAAAUUGCACUGAAAGUUAUGGAGAAGUGCUUAGGCUUACCACUUGCCCUUAAAGUUAUUGGUGGAGCCAUGUCGAAUAAGAAGAAGCCUGAAGAGUGGCGUGACAUGCUCAGGUCAUUAGUUAACUUGGACAUCAAGACCGUCACUGGUAUGCAAGAAUCAUUGUUCAACACUUUGAAGCUCAGUUAUGAUAAUUUGGUUGAUGAUACUCUACAACAAUGUUUCUUGUGUUGUGCUCAAUGGCCUGAAGAUGAAGAGAUUGAUUUGUUUAAACUUAUAGAGUAUUGGGUUGGAAUUGGAUUGAUCGAUGACUUCAGAAACAUUGGAGAAGCUUUUGAUAAGGGAUAUAAUCUCAUUGGAAACUUAAAUGCAGCAUGUUUGGUGGAAUUGCACUAUAGCUCUCGUGAAGAAUAUGUCAAAUUACAUGAUGUGAUUCGGGAUAUGGCACUGUGGAUUGUCUCUGAGUGUGGCAAGAAAAAGAACAAAUGGAUUACAUGUACAAAUGAUGGUGAUGAUUUUAGUCAAUCUAUAGAGUGGGAAGAAGGUACUUGGAAGGAGACAGAACGAAUAUUUUUCGAAAUGGAUUGGGAGAGUGACACAAUCUUAUUAUUAAAUAAUCUAAAUAUUGAUGCACCAACUUCUCCUCGAUAUCCUAAUCUUAAGAGUCUAUUUAUUAAUGCAUCACUUAACAGUUUUGUCACCUAUGAUGCCGUGUCGUCCUAUAAUAGCUUCCUAAAUAUUUUCGUUUAUACUCCAUCUCUCAUAUACUUGAAUCUAUUUGGGGCACCUAUCUCUGAUCUUUCAAAAGAAAUUCGAGUUCUAGUCAAUCUUCGUUACCUCAACAUCAGCAACACAUUCAUUUGGUCACUUCCACCUGAAUUCAAAGAGCUGAGGGAAUUAAAAUACUUCAUUUGUAGAAAUCGCCCAAGUAUCAAGGAUGGGUUGUCUAUAUUAUCAAGGUUGCCCAAGUUGCAAGUGAUUGAUCUUUAUAAAAAUAAUUGUUUAGAAGCAGAUGAUUUGAGUUUAUUGAAGACAAGAGUUAAAGCAAUUGGUAUGCAUGUGACCUCAGUUGAGACUCUUGGUCUUUUCAAGCAUUUGCCAACCUGGAAUUUAAGUAUGCAUGGACUGCGUCAUAUGCCUAAACUCCGUUUUUGUGACUUGAGUAACAAACAUGGUGGUGAGGGUUUGAUGCAGUUAAUAAUUGAAGAUUGUGACUUUGAGGAGUUGUUGAUAAAUGGCAGUGGGGUCAGUCUAAAGCAUCUCGAAUUGAGUUUUCUUAAAAAGCUCAAGCAAAUCACUUGGCCAGCAGAAACAUUACCUAGUGAAUGCUUCCCGAGGUUGACAUCUCUUUACAUUGGUGAUUGUGAUUCUCUGAGGAGUCUUUCGUGGGUUUUGCAUCUCCCAUGCCUUAGGACAUUAAAUUUAGAAUGUUGUUCAGCAAUGGAGGAAUUGAUUGACCCUGCAGAUCAGAUGCAACAAGCUUCAUCAAGCCUUCUCACCUUUCCUAGCCUACUAUCUUUGCAGUUAUCGGGCAUGCUGAACUUAGUGAGCUUAAGCACAUGUCCAUUGGAUUUCCCUGUUUUGUCUAGGCUUGACUUGCACGGUUGUCCAAAGCUGAAGAAACUUCCUUUCAAGUCAUCCAUUGUCAAUAAUAAAUUCAAAAUGGUGGACAUUGAGGAAGACUUGUGGGAGAGUUUGGAAUGGGAGGUCACAACAAUCCAAUCUCAUCUCGCGAAGUUUUUGUAA